AUGCUGUGGGAUUUGAACGAAGGAAAACAUUUGUACACGUUGGGAGGCAACGAUGUGAUCAAUGCGCUUGCUUUCUCACCAAACAGAUACUGGCUGUGUGCUUCGGUUGGAGCCGUUGUCAAGAUUUGGGAUUUGGAAGACAAGAAGGCAGUGGAUGAAUUGAAACUGGAUGUUAUGGGAGGCGCGAAAUCGGCCCCUCCUCAGUGCACCUCUCUGGCCUGGUCUGCGGAUGGUCAGACACUGUAUGCUGGAUACACAGAUAACGUAAUUCGCGUGUGGCAAGUAUCUGUUGCGCAAAUUCGCGCAUGA